AUGGCAAAUUUGAAUCUACCGGCACUGUUUCGUAGAGCUUUGAAGGACUUAUCCAAGGCAGCAUCACUACCUGUCGUAAAGGAUGAGACCCAGGAACUCGUUCGUUCAGCCCGACGUGAUCUGCAGGAAGUCAUAAGCCGCGUAAAUGCGCUUUCCUUGUUCAGUCCGAAUGAAUCUGUGGAAGACGUUUCUACGCGCGAUCUCGUAUAUCUCUUCACGCCUUUCGCAGCCGCAGAAGCAGAAGGGAGAGUGCGAAUGUCAGAGCCAGAGGAGAGAAUUGAACGGAUAAUUGCUUCAAGAGGUUACCUUCAGACCUUCGUCGAUCGCCUUCUCUCGUACGGUGUCAUCCCCGAAGCAGAGCAGAAGUUGUAUGGGGCUUCCUCUACUCAGGUCCAAGAUGCCACUCGGAGAAGAGAAAUGAAGAUCAAGCAAUACAAAGCCGAGAAGGAGCUGCGUGCACAAAUCGAGGCGCGCUUUUCUUUACCUAUUCAGGCUAUUCGUAAACGUCGACGCCAGACACCUGUCGAAGAAGACGAUUCGUCUGAUUUGAACCUCAUCGCAUCGCUACUGCCUUCUUCUUCGGCUGUACCAGACGAAGAUGGCGAUGACACGGAUGACGUCCUUCGACAAGCGACGCUUGCUCUCUUGCGGCUCAUGUACACGCAAGCUCAAUCCCAACUCGCAAGUCUCGAACAAGAACUGGCUCUACUUCGCUCUGCCCCGCCUCGACCGCCCACUGUGCCCGAGUCUAGCAGGAGCGACGACGCGAAGGAUUGGCGCUUGGAUAUACCGACCGCGCCUCGAGACGGGCCUCUUCUUGAUCCUAAUGGAAAGCCAAUGCGCCCAUUCACAAUUUUGCCUGCUGGCGCAUCCGAUCGAGCCGAAGUGCAGUCCCAGGUUUUCCGACCAGAUCAUAGGCUACCAACAAUGAGUAUCGAUGAGUAUCUGGAGAUUGAACGCCAACGUGGCAACAUCAUCACGGGCGGCGGGCCUGUUUCCAUGGAACAACCUACGACAUCUGAACAGCUAGCAAUCGAUGCGGAACAGGAUGGCUCUGCGUUUGGAGCGCAGCGCGAAGAAGAGAAGCGCCAGAAGGACGAGAAUUGGGCGCGAUACACGGAUGCAAACCCGCGUGGUGCAGGGAAUAGCAUGAACAGAGGCUGA